UAAUAGCAAAAGUCGAGGUAGUGUAGUAGUACAGCAACAAGAACACAAGCGUUGCUGUUUUGUCGCUCUGUGUAGUACUAUAAUAAUUCAACUUGUUAUUUUUCUGUCAUCACUCAAAUAAUGAUCACAUCAAUUCCAACGUCUCUCUCAAGCUCUUUUCCAUUUUCCAUUGUUGAAGAACAACAAAACAAUCAGAAAAGAAAAAGAGAAGAAGAAGAAGAAGAAGAAGAAGAAAUGGGGUGUGAACCACCACAGCAAAUCACCAACAUUCCUCAUUCCCCUUCACCCCAUUUUCAGUUUCAUCCAACCACCCCUGAAAAAUCCACUCCUUACCCUCCAAAUCCAAACAUUGUUAAACGUAUGCAAGAAAGUACUUGCUACAAAUGUGGCCAACAAGGUCACUGGGCUAAGUAUUGUCCUCUCAAAACCCCCAACAAGAACAACAACCAUUCACCGGUUUUGUCUUCCGACAAGCAGAUAUGGUGUGGCUGCGGUCAUGGUGUUUGUCUUCUCAAAACCGCUCAUACUCCAAAUAACUAUGGGAGGGAGUUCUUUACAUGUCCCAUCAGAUUGGGUAAACCUUGUGGUACUUUUAAGUGGUGUGAUGUUACCAUCCAUGAGAGUGAUUUUCAGCGUCCUUUGUUUAAGUAUCCUGUGUGUCAAUGUGGUGCUGGAGUUUGUGGAAAAGUGAUGGAAGGAGGAAAGAGCUAUUUUAUUUGUCCCAUUAAACAGGGUCAUGGAUCUUGUGGUUACCAUGUUUCAGAAGAUGAACUACUCAAUAAUGCAAGCAUUGAUGAACCAGUCGAUGACACAAGCAUCGUACCUUACCAACAAAGCAAGCACAGAUCUCUCAAUGAAUAUAUCGAGGGAGACCAAGUUGAUACAGCUGGCAACGACCUGACUAAUGACUUCGCUGAGGGCAGUGUUUUGCUUUCAACGACCAAAAGGAUGAGAAUAACAGACGGUUCUGAGAAUCCUUCACCUGUGGCUGUAUCUGAGAUUCCUGAGGGAAAAAGUAGAGGAUCACCAAUAGAGGAAGUCAAUUCACAACCUGACGGUUUUCCAGAUAUUGAGUUUGAGGGUGAUCUAGAAUCGAUAGCCUCGUUAAUGGCAAAUGAGGCCGAAGCUUCUCUAACAUCUCGUUUUUCAACACCCUUAAAGAUCAGUUGUCGACAGAACGUAUUUCAGGGGGACAUUAUUUCUGCUGAUGCAUCAUUUGGUAUGUUUCCAUCAUUUGAUCCUAUGGAUGUUCCGGAACAAGCAAGUACUCUUCAUAGUCAAAGUGAAUGCAACGAUCUCGUUAUUAAGAGUCCCAAUCAAUGUACCCAGCUUUCCACAGAUGUAAUAAGCCCCAAUAGAUCACCAGGAAGUGAAAAGCUAAAGGAACGAAAACAAAGAGAAGCGGUGAUAUUUAUGCAGCAGGGACUUCUCAAUGAUCUUGAGGGUUUCGAUUUUCACCAGCAUGAGUCUAUGAGAGACACAGCAGAAGCCGCUUUUUCAGUGUUAAAUUGUUUAGGAUUUGGUUACAAACAAUUUUCUGACUAUGUAUGGGAGUUCAUCAAUCAUGCGAAGUCUAUGACAGAAAUUGACAAGUCCAUGGAAAAUUCGCCUACUUUGGAGGAGCACAGUAAAUUCUUAGAGGAGGAGAAAGUGAGAUUGGCUAACAUUCGGGAUGACUGUGUGAAGAUUGAGACUUUGCUAGCAGUAUCUGAUGAGAAAAGAAAUUUGCUUAGUGAAGAAGUCGCUAAUCUCCAGGCCGUGCUCCUUAAAAAACAAAAAGAGUUGAAAUCUUGUGAACGGGAGAAGAUGAAGGAAGAGACUCGGCUUGGCGAUAUGAAAAGAAGGAUGUCAGUGGUUGACUUAAUUGUAAAAGAAAAAGCUCAACAAGCAGAAGCGGCAAGGAAAAAAAUUGUAGAGAGAGACACAACGCAAGUUGCAGCCAGGACAGCACUGGAGAAGGCUAAACGUGCAUUGGAAAAGUAGUGGUUUACAAUAACUCAAUAACUGUAAAGUGAAUGUAGUAGAAUAAUUGUGAACUGUGUACUUGAUCUGAUCCACCACCCACCCCUGCACUAUGCAGAGUUAAUCUAACCUUAUCUAUAAUGUGUUGUUAUUAGUAGGUUUUUGUUUUUAACAAUUGCAAUUUGAAAGAUGUAACAAUGCUCUCCAAAAGGACUAUCCUUAUCAAAAUUCAGUUGAGAUUUCACAGGUUGCACUUUUUCU